AUUAUGGGGCUUAGCUGCCGAAAAAAUAUAGAAAAAGAGGGUUUAUGUCGGUGGAAAUUGGAAAACAGAGUAAUUGAGUACACACUGAAGAAGAGAUCUAUAUCUGUUUCUAUCUACUUCUAUAUCAACAUAUCUAUAUACUCAAUCUCUCCUUUCACUUUCGGAACUUCUCAUUCGUAGAUGGCAUGAUCUUGAUUCAACCCAGUUUACCCCAAUCAUUCCUUAAUUUCUCAAACCACUUUCUAUAUAUGGACACAUAAUAUUUAUAUAUAUCGAUAGAUAUACACAUACGUGGGUUAUGUGCGUGGAUAGUCAAGGACUUACUUUCUAUCUUUUUUCUUCCGAAUCGAGCUCAACGAAGCCCUUGGUUAUAGAAGACUUGCUUGAUUGACUAUCCGCGUCAGGUUCUGAUUCGUGUUGACUCAGUAAAAGGAGUUUCUGAAGUUGCAGAUAGAGUGUUUCGAGAUUUCGAGUUAACUGCUGCCCAGGUUGAACUGAGUUGACUCAGAUUUGAAUCAUUAUAUUGGUUUUGGGAACUAAAAGGGAAACAAUUGACUCAUUUUGAUUUAUGCCAGAGGUCAAUUUGUGUUUGUGUAACUGGAAAAAUUUAAAGCAUGACUGUUUUCUACAUGGGUUUGGUGCUCUUAUUUACAAGUUGUAUAUAUUAAGCUGCAAUUUGAUGGGAUUUGAACUUGUUCACUAGAAGGGACGUAACUGGACUGGCGUGUGAAACUUGAUGAACUGUUUGUGAGUUUCGUUGAUAUUUGAAGCUUUAACAGUCAUUGGUGUCUGCUACCUAGUUCUGAUAUUGGGAUGGGCUGUGAGUGUUCCAAACUCACCAGCUGCUGCUGGGUCUCGGAACAAAAUGGACCUGUUCAUGAAGACCACCUUGUUGAAAAUGAUGAACAGAGCGAAGUUGAUGAUUUGCCCACAUUUCGUGAAUACACUGUUGAACAACUGAGGAUGGCUACAUCUGGAUUUGCUGUAGAGAAUAUAGUUUCUGAACACGGGGAGAAGGCACCAAAUGUGGUUUAUAAAGGGAAGUUGGAUAAUCAAAUGCGUAUUGCUGUAAAACGCUUUAAUAGAUCUGCUUGGCCCGAUGCUCGACAGUUUUUAGAAGAAGCAAGAUCCGUCGGUCAACUCAGGAACCACAGAUUGGCAAAUCUACUUGGUUGUUGUUACGAAGGUGACGAGCGGUUGCUGGUUGCAGAAUUCAUGCCCAAUGAGACACUUGCCAAACACCUAUUUCAUUGGGAAGCGCAGCCCAUGAAGUGGGCAAUGCGAUUAAGAGUGGCCUUGUAUCUUGCACAAGCUCUGGAAUAUUGCACCACUAAAGGACGAGCUCUAUAUCAUGAUCUUAAUGCUUACAGAAUAGUCUUUGAUGAUGAUGGUAAUCCUAGAUUGUCAUGCUUUGGUUUAAUGAAGAACAGUAGAGACGGGAAAAGUUAUAGCACGAACUUGGCAUUUACUCCUCCUGAGUACCUGAGAACUGGAAGAGUAACACCAGAAAGUGUGAUGUAUAGCUUUGGUACCCUUUUACUUGACCUUCUCAGUGGAAAACACAUUCCUCCAAGCCAUGCCCUUGACCUAAUAAGGGACAGGAACAUUCAGAUGUUAACAGAUUCCUGCUUGGAAGGCCAAUUUUCUAAUGAUGAUGGCACUGAGUUGGUGCGCUUAGCUUCAAGAUGUUUACAAUAUGAGCCCCGAGAGCGGCCGAAUCCAAAGUCAUUGGUUGCUGCUUUGAUUCCUCUUCAGAAGGAAACUGAGGUUCCUUCUCAUGUAUUGAUGGGCAUACCACAUGGCGCUGCAGCUUUGCCUCUUUCCCCACUUGGUGAAGCUUGCUUAAGAAUGGACUUGACUGCCAUACAUGAGAUCUUAGAAAAGAUUGGAUAUAAAGAUGAUGAGGGAGCAGCAACUGAGCUUUCAUUCCAGAUGUGGACGAACCAGAUGCAGGAAACAUUGAACUCAAAGAAAAAGGGAGAUGUUGCUUUCCGGCACAAAGAUUCUAGAGCUGCAAUUGAAUGCUAUACCCAGUUCAUUGAUGUUGGAAGCAUGGUAUCCCCAACGGUUUUCGCUCGUCGUAGCCUGUCAUAUCUCAUGAGCGAUAUGCCGCAGGAAGCCCUCAGUGAUGCAGUACAAGCACAAGUAAUAUCCCCUGUUUGGCACAUUGCAUCAUACUUACAAGCUGCUGCCCUUUUUGCCAUGAGUAGGGAGAACGAAGCACAAAUUGCACUCAAAGAGGGUUCAAUACUUGAAGAAAAAAGGAUCAUGACUUCCUGAUGACCGAAAAGAGAAAUUCUUUCUUUCUACUGAAUUCUCCUCCUCCUCCGAAGGUGUCUAGACAUCAAAGGCAACCAUGAUUUCCCGGCGGAAUGAUUACCGGUUCUUAACCUCGAAAGAAACUUAGAAUUUAACGGACAUGGAUUGUCUGCGUCCUCUGCAUGCAUGACUGGUUGGUUUUGUAGUCAUGUUGAAGCAUUCUUUUGCAACAUUAUUGGAUGGGUUGGUUUUGGUCACUGGGGUAGGGAGAUGCUUCCUUUGGUAUUUAUGAUAAGUCGGUCCUCAUUGGCAGUUGACUGACCUUUUUCAGUAAUACAAUAUUUGGAAAUAAUUCAGAUAACAUUGGAACGAAUUAUAUGUUUAUAGAGGAUUCAGACUGUAAAAUUACAUGCAAAGGGUGAAUAGAAGAAGAGAUUGUCACCAUGCUGUAAUUUAUGUACAGUACCAUAUGGAUUGCUGUUGAUGUGAAAUUGGUUGUUCUUUGUAUGCUAUUGCCUUGUGCUGGUUUUUGCUU